UGUCAGUCCAUAACCGUCCACGGUGCAUCCUUUGAUGGCGGCAACUCCGUCCUUGCCGUCGCGCCCCCUCAUCGACAUCGUGGUCAAAGUCCGACGGCCAUGGUGGCAUCACAUUAUCAACGUCGCGGGAGUCGUGUACAUGCUAUGCACGGUGUCCUUGAGUGUGUUUGUAUGGACAAUCUUCGGCACGUACAUGGCGAACGAUAUCUUUUUGCCUCACUUCCGAGACGCCGGGAUGCAAAGUGCCCUCAUCGACCUGUUCAACACGGCGCUCGUCACCGCCAACACGUCAUGGUUUGACAUCACGGAUCCAGUUUUUGCCAUUCAAAAGUCGUACGAGGGUACAUCCACGGCGCCCCAGCCCGUCUUCCCCACGUACCCUCGAAGCCUCUUGUUCAGUGGCAAGCAAUCGUUGGAGGCAUCCGUCCUCAGUCUGCGAGAUCUCCAACUCGACGACCUCGGGUACUUCACUUGCAUGUAUUGCUGGAUGGACUUUAAACGGCAGUGGGAACUCGCGCACAGCGAACAACGGCAGCAGCGGUGCCUGCUGCAAAAGAAGCGCAACGCGGCCAUGUAUUUUGAAGCGUUGAUGCGAAACACCGACUUUGUCGGCAUGGAGUUACUCAGCCAAGGCGCGUUUGACAUUGCGUACUUCAACGAGAUCUCCAAGACGGCGAUUGGGGCCGCGUGGGUGUACUACAUUCGAGCGCAUUCGUGGGUGUCCGUGGCCGAGGAAGUGCGUGUGUGGACACAGUACAACCUGAAUCAAUUCACAAUGCAGUGGGCCAACCAAGUGCAGUCAGGCGUCGAAGAAUCCGUCUCGAUCACCAACGCCGUCGGGUUUGUCAGUUACUUGCGCAUCAAAAGCAUGCCCAAGCGAGCGCUGUCGGUGCUGAGUUCGUCCGGCACCCUCACAAGCACGCCCACCAACGACUACACGGCCAUGCUAGAAUCGCAGAGUUCCCUUGUGCGCAGCAGCGUUGUGUUCUUUGCCCUACACAACACGAGCAACAACAACCCCCACGCCAACUUGAUUGAUACGUACUUGGGCCCCCCCGUGAACGCCGUCACCAGGGCCAUUCGAGCGCAAUGGGGGCCCUUUGGGAACUUUGACCUAGAAUACGUGGCGCCGCCAGGGAGCCUCACUGUGUUUGUGCAACACUUCGGCGCCGCCUUCGUCGCGUUCAUUCGAAACGUCCCCCUCAUCGAUACAAAGCCAGCCAGCUGCACCACGACCUCCCUGCACCCCACGCCGCGGAAAUGGACCAACACGUCGCUCGUGUUUUACGGAGGCGACCCGUUGUGUUUGAACGGCCAGCCCCAGCCAUUCAUUCAAGAAUCGUUUGGGUUUGACAGCGCGUGCACCCAUCAAAACCCGUUUUCCAUCGACUGGUCAGUUCCCAAGAUUCUGUUUGCCAUGGCCAUCUUGGGGCAACAAACGGUGUCGAGUAUGUGUACGUUGGUGCCACAAGAUGAAAAAGCGUCGUGCGGUGACAUGCUCGGCACAGCUCUGGGUGCAAACGCUGCCUUCCAGGCGUUUGUACAUACCGACGAGAUCCCAACAGUCAUUCGCGACAUCGUUGCGCUCGAGGUUUCAACCGUUCAGUUCGUCGGUCGAGCGGGACGUGACAUCACGAUCGAAUCGCAGGCGCUGCAUGACCCCUCGGACAAGGCGUGGAGUGUGUUUGGCUGGAUGAGCCUGUUCGAGUGGGCGCGGGGGGAGCGCGAAGUCGUGACGUUUCAAAACGAUUUCCGCGACUUGACGUUGAUGUCGCACGUGUAUCGGUCGCAGUACAUCCACUCAAAUCCAAACGACGUUGGCUACAAACUUGGCGUGACGCUGCUGGUGGCGUCGGCCAUUGUGCCGGGGGCGUUGUGCAUUGUGAUGGUCCUGGUGUUGUGGGUGUGGUUACGGCGCCAGCGGCGGUUUGUUGGCCGCAACUGGUUUGUGUUCAAUCGGGUCGCGGGGACCGUGUGGAUUGGUCGGCCGUUGCUCGUGAUUCGGGGGGUUGUGGCCAUGAUGUGCCUCGCAACCGCCCCGGUCCAGCUCGUCGGCGACGGCACCACCAGUCAUUUUGAACUCGUGCCUCGAACCGUUUUGCAGUCGUUGGUGCUGGCAGGGGAAGCCACGUGGAUCACGUACGUUUUAUACGACUUGAUUUACCCCAUCGCCGCCCGCGCGUCGGUUCAGCGGUACGCCCCCCUGAGCAGUAUCCUCGCAUGGAUCAUUACAUUUGGGUUGGACUACUGGGUCCCCCCGACGGUCACGGCGACCAUCGACCGACAGUGCGUCUUCUCGUCGAUCGGAACCCAAAUCGCUUGCUCGGCGGGGUCCGUCCAAGUGGGCAGCAAGUCCCAAAUGAUGCUGAUUUGGACUGUCCAGAUCUCCACCGUCGUCGUUUGCGCCGUCUUGGGCCAACUAAGCCGGGCGAACGUCAAGGACGCCGCGUCGUCGUCCCCGACGCUCAUCCUUCCGGGCGCGGCGAUGACGUUCAUGCAUCAAAACACCCAAGUGCUCGGGUGUUGGUGCUUGGACGACGCCAGCGCCGUCAUGAGUGGCAUGGUGUACUUUCACUUGAACCACCGGGCGUACGUGGCCGACGUGACGCUGUGGCUCGUGCUGGAUUGCUCCAUGUACGACAUCCGACGACUGGACCACGCCAUCUUGUUUCCGCACUCGUUUGAACGGUCGUUGGCGUCGAGCAUUUGCAAAUCGGACAAUCGGGUUGGCGUGGACGACGCGCCGGCGCGGUAUGCCCGCGUGCCGUUCACGUCGCGUCUGUCGUUUGUUCGGAAACCCAACCGGUUGACGGCCAAGCACCCUGGUCGGCGAUACACGGACGACGGGGCGUCUCCUCGGGACAGCAGCAGCAGUGCGCUCUUAAUCCACCGAUUCGGCCCCGAUGUGGCCAUUGCUAUUGGGUUUGGCAUGAUCAUGCUGUCGUUGGUGACUAACGUCAUCUACAUGCUUGUGACCGCGCCGCAAUCGAUGGCCAACGACUACUACUGGGCCAGCUUUAACAGCACCGGCACGCAUGCGUUCCUGAUCCAGUUGUUCAACCGCCAAUUGUUGGACGUGAACGCGAACAAGGUCGUGCGGGUGGACACCCCUGGGUACGCAGACUUGACGCAAUUGUACAACGAAUCGACCAGCGUGUUGCUCUCUGGGGGCGUGACACCCAAGCAACACCUCUACGGCUUCCACUCGACCCUGGACCAAGUGAUCGUGGACCUACGAGCGAUGGACCCGUGCAUGAUGCCGUGGAUGUUUACGCAAUACUGCUGGGUCGAUUUCACCAAGCGGUGGGAAAUGGCCAGCACGGCCGCCAGGCAACGGCGCUGCGACGGAUCCAACGGUGCCAUGUUCCUCGAGGGGGUGCUACGGAAUCUACGCAGUUGGGACAAUUGGCGUUCGUGCUGGGGCGAUUCGUUUGAGAUUGCACUUGCCCGACCGCUCCGUCAACACGUGGCUGGCCGGCAAUGGCUCGAGGAUGUGCAAGGGGGGUGGCGGCCGGUCCCCGAUGAAGUGGCGGCGUGGGCAUCGCAUGCGAUCACGCGGUUCACGUUGCAAUGGCAGGACUUCAAAUCGCUCGGGUUUUCCAAUUCGUUUCAGGUGGAAAACACCCUAGGGGCACAGUACGAGCUCAGCAUGAGCAACAACGCCGGCGCGUGGCGACAGCACCUUCAGUCGACGUUCAAAAUGUACUGGGGGUUUGCCUCCGAUUUGUGGGCCGUGGCGUCCAAUGACACUAGUGUGUGCGGCCUGAGUCUAAUUCGAGGCGCGACUGACUUUGCCUUUUCCAACAUCUCGAGGGAGGAGCUGCUCGUGGCCAACACGACCAUUCCUAACGUCCUGCCCAGCGGCCUGCAGAACCUUCGCGACUUGCUUGGGCCGUUUGGCAACGUCGACAUGACAUUCGAGUCGCCGCCAGCUGUGCUGACCCAAUUUUACCACGCACUCAUGAGUAACCUGUCCAACUUGACAUUUACGGAUGUCCAGGCGCAGCGGUCGUUCUUGGCCCUGCCAGCGAAGAUCUACUAUAGUCCGUUCCCGCCCCAAAUUGCGAUGUACAACGCCGUCGUGACACUGCAGGGGGGAAACCUCUUGUGCGGCAAUGACAUGCCAGACUUGGCUGGGGCAAUCGACAGGCAAAGCUCCAUGUACUCGGCCUUUAGCACAGACAACACGUGCAGCUUGGGCAACAUGCAAAACGGCCGGCCCGACGAAUUCCAGACGUUGUUUGCGGUCGUGGGCACGUCGUUCAACCACAACAUGACGGACGAGUACAUUGCUCAGACGUGUGUGUGGGAUGCGUGGCCGAUGGCCAACUGCGCCGACGUGUACGCGAGUGUGUUGGCGUUUGCAACUUCCCAUAACGCGACGUUUGGCCCGCUUCGGGCGCUGGCACAAGCUACGCACGUGCAGAUCACUUCAAUGAACAUCAUGUUUGUGCAGUUUAUUGUCAACCACACGGAGCCAUCGUUAUUUCAAGUCAACAUUUUGGACCCGACCAACGCCGUGUGGCAGUUCACAGGGUGGCGGUUUCUGUACGACUGGGUGACCGGGUCCCGCGAAGUGGUGACGUUUCAAGGCGACGCCGGCGCCAUCUCGACCAUGUCCGACCAGUACGCGCAGCACUCGAUGAGUCCCAACGCGUCGGAAAUCCCCCGUGAUGUGUCGUUUGUCCUCUUGGUCGUGUGUCAGUACGUGACCGUUCUCUUCGUCACCAUGGGGGGGCUCAUCGCGCUCUACACGGUGACCACAAGGGGGCACAUCAAGGGCGGUAACCUGCUGAAAAUGAGUCGCAUCGUCGGGCUCGUGUGGGCCGGCCGCGUGUUCCUGUUCAUCCGCAGCGUCACAGCCAUGAUCUGCCUCCACACGGCUCGGUUAGACCUGGUGCAACACGGCCAUGCCACGUCCUUCGUGUCGCCCCCGCUCGCGUGGACCGACCUCAUGCUCGCCGCGUUGGAAUUGCACUGGUUUGUGUACAUCCUCAACGACACGUUCACGUUUGUCACGCAACAUUACACCAAGUACUACGCAAGCCACAGCGCGUGGCUGGCGUGGCUAGUUACCGUGAUUUGGUCCCAGCUCGAGCCGAAUCAACAUGCGGUCCGCGUCCGCCGAACGUGCACCGCCGUGGACAUGGACUUUGAGCUUGUGUGCAGCAGCGGCGUCGUGGAAAUCGGCAGCAUCUCGCGGGUGGGGGUGUCCAUCGCCAUUUGUUUUGGCAGCGUCGUCGUGUGCUACGUGUGGCAGCUGCGCACCCGCCGCGAGAGCUCCAUCUUGGACAUCCCGUCGCUCAUGCUGCCGUCGCAAGCCAAGUACUUGUUAGACUUUCACGAGUGGUGCUUUCACGACACGUACUUUAUCGACCAGCCGUCCGCGCUCAUGGCGGGCGUGAUUUCCAUCGAGUGGCGACGCCGCAUGUACCUGUUUGACAUUAAAAAGUGGCGCUUCUUCUCCGUCUCUGCCCUCGUCGUGCACCCGAGUGCCCCCCCCCGGUUCAAGUACGCCAUCCCGAUCUUGGAGUAAGGAACUUGAGGACCAUGGGGUUGAUGAACGGGGAAAGACUCCAUCAUCCCGUUCGUUCGUUCGUUCGAUGAACUCUGCCCAUGGAUCGUUGUUGUCGUGGUGUAGUAGCGAUUAACGUUAGCAUAUAUAAAUGAACGCGCGUUAGCAGUAAAGCUGACACCCCAA